AUGUCCCGCGGUCGCGAACACGGAACGAAGGUUUACAUUGGGGACCUUCCCCGGGAGGCGUCCGAGCGCGAAAUAGAACGCAUUUUUCGCGAUUACGGGCGUCUAAGAAAUGUUUGGGUAGCUCGCAACCCCCCAGGAUUCGCAUUUGUGGAAUUUGAAGAUCUCGCUGACGCUCAGGAUGCGGUUCGUGAGCUCGAUGGAACGUUAAUGUGCGGUGUCCGUGCGCGAGUGGAAAUCAGCAGCGGGAAGUCGCGGCAGAAACCUUGGCUUCGGGGCGGUGCUCGUGACGGUGGUCGCGAUGGCUAUGCUGGCCGAAGAGCAAAGCCCUUCGAUCCUUCGGACCGUUGUUACGAAUGUGGUGAACGCGGACACUAUGCUUAUGACUGUCGUCGUCGUAAUGGUGGCGGUCCCGGAUUCGGCAGGCCUGGUCCGCGUCGUGGAAGAUCGAGUUGUGGUUCCGGAGCCUUGGGUGUACACGGGUGA